AUGAAGAAGAUAUUGAAUAUUACAUUUUAUUUAUUAUCUUUAAGUUUAUAUAUUUUUCAAAGCAGUGAACAUUCAAUAAAUAAAUUUGAAAUUAAUGAAGCAACAUAUUCACAAAAGACUAAUUUAAGAAAUGGAAAUACAGGUAAUACUGUUUUUUUAAAACAGCAACCUCCUGGUUUAGUAGAAGAUACAUCUCUGCAAAGUUCACAUGAACCUAGUAGAAUUGAAGAAGGAGAAGAAGAACUCAAGACUCAAGGUAGUGAUCCUUUAGUUCAAGAUCCAGUUGGGAGCAUAGGAGAGCAAGAUGAUACCUCUAGGAAAGUUGAUCCCUCUGAAACUUCAGGAAAAAAUGUAAAAGGAGAAUUAAAUUCCUUAACAGAUAAAGAUGCAAGUGGUGUAGAUAAUAGAGAGAGUGAAUCAAGAGAAGUGUUAGAAGUAAGAGAACAUCAAGAUGAAAAAAAAGAACCUUCAGAAGAAUUUAAAACUCCUUCCGAUGUUGAAAGUCAACUUAGAGAUACAGAAUUAGAAGGAAAUCAUAAAGGAACUGGAAUUGAAGAUUCGCCACAAAUAUUAGUUCAAGAUCCAGUUGGGAGCAUAGGAGAGCAAGGUGAUACCUCUAGGACAGGUCAUACCUCUGAAACUUCAGGAAAAAAUGUAAAAGGAGAAUUAAAUUCCUUAACAGAUAAAGAUGCAAGUGGUUCAGAUAAUAGAGAGAGUGAAUCAAGAGAAGUGUUAGAAGUAAGAGAACAUCAAGCUGAAAAAAAAGAACCUUCAGCAGAAUCUAAAACUCCUUCCGAUGUUGAAAGUCAACUUGGAGAUACAGAAUUAGAUGGAAAUCAUAAAGGAACUCGAAUUGAAGAUUCACCACAAAUAUUAGUUCAAGAAAAAGUAAAAAUUCCAGAACAACCACAAUCUACAGGACCAACUGAAGCAGAAAGUCAUGCUCAAAAAGAAGCUGGAGUUCAAACAGUCUUAGAAGAAAAAGGCGAACUCUCUGAAGAUUUACAACCAUCAAGUGAUGAAAGUGAACCAGGAAGAAAAGAAAAAACAGCUGUAACUCCGGAGACAUCAGGUCUUGAUAAAGGUGGGGAAUCAGUACAUACUAGCUCACAUGCAGAAAUACCAAAUGCUGAUGUUGGAGAUCAAAAGGGAGAUAGUAUUAUUCAGACUACUGUCUUAGAUUCAGGAACUACAACAAUAGCUACAUCUACUUCAGGUGCGGAUGGCAAUAUGGGAGAAUUAACAGAAGACACAGAAAGGCAAAAAAAUCUACUUACUGGAACAAAUGAUAAUAGAGAACAAUUGCCUAAUUCACCAGAUGUUAAAAAAGAAGAUAAGCAAUCUUCUGAAACACGAACAGAAAAAAGAUUAAGUGAUGAAGUACAAGUAGAUAACUUAAGUAUUGAUGAUUCAAUGAAACGUACUAAUGAUAGUGAAUCCCAAACAACGGAUCUUGCAAUAACGAAAGGAGAUAAAGAAACAUCAGGUCAACAUACAUUAGAUCAGGAUAAAAUGGAAGAUCAACAACUAGUACCAAUAGCGCAAACAUUACCAGAAUCACCAGCACCAUCAGAACCACCAGUAUCACCAGUAUCAACAGUAUCACCAGUAUCUCCAGCAUCACCAUCAUCACCAGUAUCACCAACAUCACCAGCAUCACCAAUAUCACCAGUAUCACCAGAAUCAUCAGCAUCACUAAAAGAAUCAGAAGAAUCAUCAGAAUCAGGAUCACCACAGGUACCAUCACGAGUAUUAUCACCAACGUCAGAACCGCAACAACAAUCACUGCCACAAUCACAGCAGUUGCAAUCAGAUGAACUUCAUCCCCCAAGAGAAAGAGAAUCUAGUGAAACUAGCAUUGGCGUUAAGGGAAAAGAAGGGGAAAUAGAAGAAAAUGGAGAUCCUAAAUCAAAAGAAUUAGUAACAGAAGAGGAAGGAAAAAAGGAUUCCCAUAUGGGCGAAGCUGGUACAGAUGAUACAAGAACAUCACUAGAUGCACAACCAUUAAAACCUAAUUCUCAAACAGAUCAAGGAGGUUCGGAAGGUAAAUCACCACCAGAAAGUGAUGUAGGAAAAGUUACUCAUUCAGAUACGCAUGUUGAAGAAUUGAGAGAUGCAAUUGUAAAUAUAGGAGAAGAUCCAAAGGAAGAUCCAUUAGCAUCAAAAAGUGCAGCAGGAACAAGUUCAUCUGGAUCACUUGAUACAUCAAAAUCUAUAAUUUCAACAGAGACAACAACACAAGGUUCAGGAACAUUAGAUGGCACAAAAAAUGAACCAAAUUCAGAAACACAACAACAAUCACUGCCACAAUCGCAACAGUUGCAAUCAGAUGAACUUCAUCCCCAAAGAGAAAAAGAAUCUAGUGAAACUAGUAUUGGUGUUAAGGGAAAAGAAGGGGAAAUAUCAGAAAAUGGAGAUCCUAAAUCAAAAGAAUUAGUAACAGGAGAGGAAGGAAAAAAGGAUUCCCAUAUGGGUGAAGCUGGUACAGAUGAUACAAGAACAUCACCAGAUGCACAGCCAUUAAAACCUAAUUCUCAAACAGAUCAAGGAGGUUCGGCAGGUAAAUCACCACCAGAAAGUGAUGUAGGAAAAGUUACUCAUUCAGAUACACAUGUUGAAGAAUUGAGAGAUGCAAUUGUAAAUAUAGGAGAAGAUCCAAAGGAAGAUCCAUUAGCAUCAAAAAGUGCAGCAGGAACAAGUUCAUCUGGAUCACUUGAUACAUCAAAAUCUAUAAUUUCAACAGAGACAACAACACAAGGUUCAGGAACAUUAGAUGGCUCAAAAAAUCAUCCAAAUUCAGAAACACAACAAAAUCUAGAAACGAAACAAGUACAACAAACAGUAUUAGGAGAUCCAUCUAAAUCAGGAGAAGGAAUAGGACCUUCUACUGUAAGAACGAAAGCUACGGAAGAAAAUGAACAUUCAUCAAGUACAUUACCUGCAAAGACAAUUAAAAAAUCUGAGAGAGAUGGGGAAGAGACAAGAGAUCAAAAUAGAGAAGAAGAAGAAGAAAAAAAGCGUCAACAACAGGAAAAUAGAGAACGAUCAGAAUUAACAGGAAUAAAUGACGGAGAUCAUGUUACACAAGAAGCAAUCCUUCCAAGAGAAGAAGAAAUUUUAAAAAAGACAGAUCCUGAAAGAAAACAUGAAACAGGGGAUACAAGUUCGCAACCAACAACAUUACCACUUGAGACAAAAGUGACAAAAGUACUUGAAGGAGAAUCAGAUGAUGAAAGAGAAAAACAAAAAAGUGACGUGCAAGCAACCAACCUUGUAAAAGAACAAUCCGAGGAACUAGAACAUUCAAAUCAGGCAGAACACUCUCAAGGAACACAAAACGAACAUAUGCAAAAAGAUAAAACGGGAGAAUUAGAAACAAAACAUGUAGAAGAAGUACAGCAAAAAGAUCUACCUCAAGCAAUAGAACCUUCUUAUGGAGGAAAAAAAGCUAUAGAAGAAAAUGAACAUUCAUCAAGCACAUUACCUGCAAAGACAAUGAAAGAAUCUGAGAGAGAUGGGGAAGAGACAAGAGAUCAAAAUAGAGAAGAAGAAGAAAAAAAACGUCAACAACAGGAAAAUAGAGAACGAUCAGAAUUAACAGGAAUAAAUGAUGGAGAUCAUGUUACACAAGAAACAAUCCUUCCAAGAGAAGAAGAAAUUUUAAAAAAGACAGAUCCUGAAAGAAAACAUGAAACAGGGGAUACAAAUGCACAACCAAUAACAUUACCACUUGAGACAAAAGUGACAAAAGUACUUGAAGGAGAAUCAGAUGAUGAAAGAGAAAAACAAAAAAGUGACGUGCAGGCAACCAACCUUGUAAAAGAACAAUCCGAGGAACUAGAACAUUCAAAUCAGGCAGAACACUCUCAAGGAACACAAAACGAACAUAUGCAAAAAGAUAAAACGGGAGAAUUAGAAACAACACAUGUAGAAGUACAACAAAAAAAUCUACCUCAUGCAACAGAUAAUCAAACGUUACAUCCUCAAACAGCAGAUUCUCAAGCAGAAGAUCUUAAAGAAAAAGCUACUAAAACGGAAGAUGAACGAAGAGCAGAGACUAAAGAAAGUAGUCCACAACUUGUAGAAGCAAAUACAGUACUGCAGGAACCAGAAUCAAAAGCUGAAACAGGUGCGUUAUCAGAAGAAAACCAUUUAAGUAAAGAUGGUAGUUCAAGAGAAGCUGAAGAAGGAAAAGAUACAGGAACAAAAGAAAAUUCUCCAAAUCAAGUAUUAAAUCCAGAACACCAACAAUCUCAAAGAAAUGGAGAAGAUUCAAAAGAAAAUUCUGCAAUAAUAAAAUCUGAAAAUUUAAGUCAAGAAGAUCCACCAACACCAUCACCAACACCACCACCACCACAAGAAAAAGCACCUCAAGAAGAAUCAGUAGAAAAAGAUCCAAAAACACAUCCAGAGGGAACAAAAAAAAAUGUAUUAGAACCAGUAGAUGUUACCAAUGGUGAACUUGAAGAUUUAACUGAUGAAGAAGAGGAAGAAGAAGAAGAAACAGAAGAAAGUUCUACAAUAUUAAAACCUAAAAAUUUAAGUCAAGAAGAUCCACCAACACCAUCAGCACAACCACAAGAAAAAGUACCUCAAGAAGAAUCAGUAGAAAAAGAUCCAAAAACACAUCCAGAGGGAACAAAAAAAAAUGUAUUAGAACCAGUAGAUGUAACCAAUGGUGAACUUGAUGAUUUAACUGAUGAAGAAGAGGAAGAAGAAGAAGAAAUAGAAGAAAAUUCUAUAAUAAUAAAACAACCUGAAGAUUUAAGUAAAAAAGAUCCACCAACACCAUCAGCACAACCGCAAGAAGCAGUACCAUCAAAGGAAUCAGUAGAAAGAGAACCAAAAACACAACCAGAGGUAACAAAAAAAAAUGUAUUAGAACCAUUGGAAGUAACUGAUGAUCAACUUGAAGAUUUAAGUAAAGAAGAAGAAGAAGAGGAAGAAGAAACAGAAGAAACAGAAGAAAUUGCUUCAACAAUAAAGCAACUUGAAGAUUUAAAUCAAAAAGAUCAACGACAAACACCGAAAGAUCCACCAACACCACCAGAAGUACUACCAGGACCAAAAGGAGAACCAGAAGACACAAUACCACCAAAAACACAACCAGAGGUAACAAAAAAAAAUGUAUUAGAACCAUUGGAAGUAACUGAUGAUCAACUUGAAGAUUUAACUAAAGAAGAAGAAGAAGAGGAAGAAGAAAAAGAAGAAGAAGAAACAGAAGAAGAAGAAGAAGAAAUUGCUUCAAUAAUAAAGCAACUUGAAGAUUUAAAUCAAAAAGAUCAACGACAAACACCGAAAGAUCCACCAAGACCACCAGAAGUAUUACCAGGACCAAAAGAAGAACCAAAAGGAGAACCAAAAGACACAAUACCACCAAAAAUACAACCAGAGGUAGCAAAAAAAGAUGUAUUAGAGCCAGUAGAAGUAACUAACGGUGAAUUUGAAGAUAUAAGUGAAGAAGAAGAAGAAGAAGAGGAAGAGGAUGAAGAAAAUGAAGUAGAUGAAGAAGAUGAGGAUGACGAAGAACAAAUAAAUGAAGAAGAGGAAUUAGAUGACAAUACAGAUUACGAAGAAUUAGAAGAUGCAGAUGCAGAUGAAGAUGUAGAUGUAGAUGAAGAUGAAGAUGAAGAUGAAGAUGAGGAUGAAGAAAAUGAUAGUAGAAGUGAAGAUGAAAAAAGUCCGAGUGAUGAUAGAGAAACAAGAGAUAGCCGAAUGGAAAAUGGAGAUUUACUGGAAGAUGAGAAACAACCAUCAGAAGAUAUCUUAGCAGAACAAGAAAUUACAGAGUCUGCAAUUGAGAAACAAAAAAAACAAGAAGAGUUUUCAAGAAAAACAGAACAAGAUCAGUCACAGGAACAUUCUGAACAACAAAAACAAAAGGAAAUUAAGCCUCCAUCAAAUGAUAGUAGUGCUCAUAAAUCAUUAAUUAAAGACUUUAAAGAUGAUAAUAAGGUUAAAAAAGAAGCAGAAACUAAAGUAAAAAAUAUGAUAAAUUUAAUUGAUGAUAGUGGAGUUGCUGAUACAUUGAAAGAUUUGGCCAAAGAUAUGGCUCAAAUUUUUCUUAAUCUUUAA